CUUUAUCUGACACGCCCACACCGGAAGUAGUGAUCAAAUUGAAGCCAACGGUCUUCGCUGUGCUUAAAGUUGCUUUUUCUCGGUUUUUUUUUUGCCCCAAGAAGGUUCCAACUGAACUGCAAACAUGUCCACUGAAAAAUGUUUCGCCAAAGGAAGUGCUGCACCCGGUCCUGUGCCCAAAGAUCACAUCAGACUUUAUAGCAUGAGAUUCUGCCCUUUUGCUGAAAGGACCAGAUUAGUGCUGAAUGCAAAAGGGAUCAAGUAUGACACCAUCAACAUCAAUCUAAAAGAAAAACCUGAGUGGUUCUUGGAGAAAAAUCCUCUUGGGCUUGUUCCAACUCUGGAGACACCUGAUGGCGAUGUGAUAUACGAGUCUCCCAUAACUUGUGACUACUUGGAUGAAGUGUACCCUGAGAAAAAGCUGCUUCCAUCCUCCCCUUAUGGUAAAGCUCAACAGAAAAUGAUGCUGGAGCACUUUUCCAAGGUGAUACCAUACUACUACAAGAUCACAGCAGGGAGAGGUAAAGGUGAAGAUGUCUCAGGACUGGAGGUUGAACUGAAGGAGAAGUUUGUCAAAUUAAAUGAGGACUUGAUGAAAAAGAAGACGAAGUUCUUUGGUGGUGAUUCCAUCACAAUGAUCGACUACAUGAUGUGGCCAUUUUUUGAGAGGGUUGAGCUCUUGGAGAUGAAAAGCCCCCUGGAGGACACACCUGAGCUGAAGAAGUGGAUAGAGCGCAUGCUGCAGGACCCGGCUGUUAAAGCCUCCAUGUACAGUGCGGAUACGUACAAAGCCUUCUACAAGACUGUGGCUGAUGGGAAACCAGACUAUGACUUGGGCCUGUAGAAAACGCCGGCCAAAAACCCUCAACCGUCCAUUUAAAUUCAUGUUUGAAAAGGGAAAAGGGAAUUGUGUUUAAUAAUCUUGGUUUUUUUCUUCUUUUUCUUUUUUUUUAGCAAUCUGUGUCAAAAUGUGGUGUGAUGUCAAAUAAAAAUUCAGAUUCAGAAAACUC